GUAACAAAAACGCAUGGCUUUUUCUGUAAGAGACGUCUAUGCAGGCAGCUCCGUGCUGCUCACGGGAGGUACUGGGUUUUUGGGAAAGGUGAUUGUUGAGAAGUUGUUAUGGACUAUUGAUGACAUUCAAAACAUCUAUUUGAUGAUAAGAACAAGAAAAGGGAAGAAUCCGCAAGAAAGAUUGUCAGGUCUUCUUCAUGAUCCCCUUUUCAAUCGCAUUCGCCAAGAGAAACCAGAAGCAUUUGACAAAUUGAAAGCAAUCGGUGGAGAUAUGAUGGUGGAAAAUCUAGGAAUGGAUCCUGAAGAUGUGAUGCUCAUCCGAGACAAUGUCAACGUAGUGAUCCAUAGCGCGGCGACUGUCAAGUUCGACGAGCAUCUAAGAGCAGCAGUCACCAUGAAUGUCAUUGGAACCAAACGAAUCAUUGAUCUCUGUCAUCAAAUCAAAGAUCUCAAAGUAUUGGUGCAUGUGUCAACUGCAUAUGCAAACUGCGACAGGUUUGAAACAACGGAAAAAAUUUACAAGUCACCAAUGGCUCCACAAAAACUUGUGGACGCUCUUUCGUGGAUGGAUGACGAAACAUUGACUAAAAUUACACCUAAAAUACUUGGCCUCCGUCCAAACACCUACACUCUGACCAAAGCUUUAGCAGAGUCCACAAUCGAAACCGAAGCAAAGGAUAUUCCAGUCAUUAUCAUUCGUCCUUCGAUUGUAGGAGCAAUGUGGCAAGGACCGCUUCCAGGAUGGACUGACAAUAUCAAUGGGCCGACUGGAAUCUUUGCUGCUGUAGGAAGAGGUGUUUUGACAAACAUGUGUGGGAGCAGUGAAUCAAAAGCUGAUAUUAUUCCCGUUGAUAUUGUGGCUAACAUGAUAAUUGCGUCAGCUUCAUAUAGAACAUCGAUCAACACGACAGAAAUUCCUGUGAUCCACUGUUCAUCUGGUGAAUUGAACCCUCUCUAUUGGGGUCAUAUUGUUUUAUUUUUGGAGCAAUUCUACAAAAAGUAUCCCAUGGAGCAAUGCUUCGCAGUUCCAUCCACAUAUUUCCACAAAUCACGUUCACUAUUCCUUAUAAACUAUUAUAUCAAGCAUCAUAUACCUGCUGCCAUCUCAGAUAUUUCUGCUCGUCUUAUAGGAAAGCGAAAAAACAAUGUGAAGCUGUAUUCGAAAGUGUGGAAAAUGAUUGAAACUCUACACUUUUUCACGACUCGCGGAUGGAGUUUCAAUGCACGUGGACUGCCAGAAUUCUUUGAGAAAAUGACACCCGCAGAUCAAAAGGAGUACAACUUUGAUGUUCGCCAAGUGGAUUGGAACUCGUAUUUAUUCGAUUAUGUAAUGGGUAUCAAGAAGUUCCUUUUGAAAGAAAAUCUGGAGAAUCUUAACAGAUCGAGAGCACAUCUUUUGAAAAUGCGCAUUCGACGCCAAGUAAUUGCAGCAAUAGUUUACGCAGGAUUUAUCUCUACAAUUGGAAGAAAAUGGAAGAAGACUACUCAAUAUCUGACAUGGUUCGGUGCUAUGUUGGCAACAUAUACAUACACUGAAGUCAGUUUCAGACGGCAUAUUCCUCUGAAAUCAUUGAAAGAUUACACACAAACGUCGGAUUAUUCUCGGUAUCUUCAAAAAAGCUAGAAUCUUUUCAAUGACGUCAUUCAAAUUUAUUUUUCUUUUUUUUUGUGUGAUUUUUUUAUCUUUAAAAAUUGAUAGGAUCAGAAUCAAAAAUCAGACAUACAAUCGUUAUAUUGUUUCAAAAUAUCAAGGUCGAUAGUGUGUCUGUUGAUUGUGAUACGCACUCUCUCAUCAACAAUAACUUUUUUUCAUUGUUAUUCUCCGCUUAAAGGAGGAGUAACGGUUCUGGGUGUUUUGAACGAAUAAAUAAAAUAUAUGACACUUCUCGUAUUUUUUCCAAAAAUUUUUUAUGGCGGUUCAAAAUUUUGACUCAAAUUUAGCGAAAAUCUCUAAUUUUGGCCUGAAAUUAAACUUUUGAAUUAACGAAAAAUGUGACACGGAAUAGAAGCCAAACAUUUUUUAUGGAAAUUUUGAAGCACGAUAAAAAAUAUUUAAAACAUUUUUGAACUCAUUGCGGAAUUUGUUCAAGGAGCACAUUUUGGGUAUAUACGUUUCAAAAAAAAAACCCAUAACCGUUACUCCUCUUUUAAAAUUUACACAUGCCUAUUUCCGACAACGCUUUAUAUCUUUUUUUUUAAUACUGCAAUUUUUUUCACCAAAUCUUCCAUCUUCAAUCACCUCCAAGUUUGUUUUCUACUUGUUAUGAGCGAAAGACCAGUUUUUUUCUCGUUAUUCAUUUUAUGUUUGACAAUAAAUAAUGGUCAGUUCCA